CAGCAGAAGGAUACCAUGAGGACCGUGGUCCUGCUGGCCCUGCUGAGCCAACUCGCCCUGAUCCACAGCCACGUCCUGGGAAGAGGCUCCUCCCCCGGGGAGCUGGCCCAGAUCAAGGCUCUACUGGAGCGCUUGGAGGACUCUCUGGCCCAGGCGGCCCAGGAAGAGGCCUCUGAAGCCGACUACGAAGGGACCAACCGGGACCCUGAGGACAGCCCGGCCGGCAGGGGAUGGACCCUGGACCCGGAGGGGAACCGAGAGCCCUCCGGACCAGAACCGCCUCCAGGACUCGGCGGCAGGACUCUGAGCCAGAGGAGCCGCCUGCAGGACCUGCUGCUGACAGCCAGGAGGCAGACCUCCUCCGGCUGCUUCGGGGCCCGCAUGGACCGCAUCGGGAACGCCAGCGGCCUGGGCUGCAACACCGGGAGAGGGUAGCCGCCAGCCUCCAGGUCAAAGGUCAAAGGUGGAUUAGAGUUUGAUCUCCAACUGAAGGAACAACACUGAGAUGCACACGUGUGGUUUUACAUGAGUCACAGCUCAGCUGUGUGAAUAUCUAUCUAUACAUCUAAAUAUAUCAAUAUCUAUGUAACACAUUCUCACUAUACCCUGUGUAACAAUAAAGACCUCAAGGAGAUGCUUUAACUACUGAUGUGUUUAUUGUUGAUAACAAAUAAAUAAAUAAAUAAACUUUUUUCAAACCAAGAA